AUGUUGAAAAUACCAGUGACUCUGGAUUGGUUAUAUGAUGAUACUGAAUUACCCCCUAAUUUCAUGCCUUUGACUCAAGUGGUGAUUGAUGUUAUAAUUAAAGAGUUUCCAGAUGCUUGGGCUCCUUAUGUUACUCUACAAAUGGAUGAGCGGGAUUAUAAAAGGAAAGAGGCCCCCAUCGUGGAGCCCCAGGAGAGCGCGGGGACCAAAGUCCUGCUGCGGAGUUUCGCACUGCGCUCCUUCCCAGGCAAGCUUAGAAGCAAAAUUAAAGAGACAUCAGAUUCUGGGCUGUUGCGGGAUAUUCUGCAGAACCCUGUGAAGCAUCCUGUGUGUGUGAAGCACCCGCCGUCAGCCAAGCAUGCCCAGUGCUUUCUCCGAGAGCUCAACAGGAAGCCCCUUGGGAAACUCGGUCACCUCUCCGAGAGCACAGCCAUCAACCCGCAAGGCACCAGGGGCCUGGUCACAUCCGCCGCCCUCUACCCUGCAGCGCGGGCCAUCCAGAGCCCGGCAGCCUUCACUCACGGGGCCGUCCCAGAGCUUGGCAGUGGUGGUGCUGGCCUCACAGGCCCGGCCGUCGGCGAGACGUGCUGUCCCCGCGCAGGCAUCUUCGGCGACUGUCACAGCCGAGUCGUCGAGCAGCUCCACGGGCAAGUCCUUCUCAACGGCCUCUCGUUAGAGGCAGACGUCACUGUCAAUGGAGACAGCCCCCGGGCGACAGUGACCCAGCCGGACGGGACUCCGCUCUCGGCCUUCCCGCCAGACACUGUCCUCACAGCCGACGCGCUGUGUUGCCCGGAAGCCAUCGUGUCACUGGUCGGGGUCCUGCGGAGGCUGGCUGCCUGCUGCGAACACCAGGGGGCCCCUGAGGUCUACGCGGCCUUCACCGUCCGCAACGCGGAGACGGGCCGGCUGUGCACCGCCGAGCUAGGCCCGGCCGGGAUCCGCCGGAAAGCGGAACCUCGUCAGGACCGGAAACUGUUUCCCUACGAAGAGCACUUGGAGGUGGCAGUUCCGACACUCGGACUGUAG